AUGAGGGUUCAUUUGUUCUCUUUCGCCGUUUUAGCUCUGCUUAUAGUGAGGAUUCAUGCGGCAGCGUCAGAUAGGGUUCUUUUCCCUUCUUGUGCGAUCACGUGUGACAGUAAAUUAUUCUCCAAUUGCUCAUUAAACAACGAUAUGUCAUGCUUCUGUGCUAGUGGCUCUCGUCCCACGGCGCUGUUAAAUCUCGUUGAAACUAGCUGCACGACAAAAGAAUUCUUCACUACGAAACGUGUAUAUGAGAAGGAAUGUGGUAUAACACCGCAUAAAGGCCCUUCCGUGGUCGACGCCGCCACUCUGAUCCCUCUUAUUCUUGCGUCGUUUUUCUUCGUUGUAAGAAUAAUCGCUAAGAGCAGCGGCCUCGCCGGCGGAUGGGGACUGGACGAUUAUACAAUAAUCAUCUCAUAUGUCUUGGGAGCCGCUAUAUACGUUCUUUAUAUUUACGCGAUCCGCAACGGCUUCGGUCAAAAUAUCUGGGACAUCCCUUUUCCCACAAUCACCAGGUUUUACCGGUAUUUUCAAGGACUUGCUGUUAUGUAUAAGGUCCAGAUUUCUCUGGCAAAGAUCUCCGUGUGUCUCUUCCUAUUACGCAUCUUUAGAUCACAGACAUUCCGCUGUUUAGCAUAUACACUCAUCGGUAUCAACGCCGCCAUCGGUAUCUCUUGGGCCUUCGUGGAUUCCUUCCGCUGCUUGCCGGUACAUCUAACGUGGACUGGCUGGAUGAACGAGGAACCCGCGCAGUGCAUCGAUUUUAUCAGCUCGAUUCUCGUCAAUUGUUUGGUAAACAUUUUUGUUGACUUUGUAUUGAUCAUAAUGCCGGUGUAUGAGGUAACUAAAUUGCAGUUACCUUUACAAAAAAAGGUAUCUGUGGGGUUGAUGUUUAUUGUGGGCUCUGUUCUUAUGAUCAUCGCGAUCAUCCGAGUCGUUGUCUUCUGGAACAACCGCUGGGGCUCCAAUCAAACUUUCGGUCUAUAUCCCGUCACUCACUGGACUGUAAUUGAAUCUCAGAUUGCUGUCAUGUGUGCUUGUCUGCCUGCAUCCAGAGCUGUCGCCGUUCAAUUAUUCCCUCAGUUCUUGGGAGGAACGAGGUCCCGAACGACUCCAACUCACACAGCUGAUGAUUCUAACAGCAAACAUACGAGCGGCAAGAUCAAGAAGUCUGUUACCUACUCGGUGAAUUAUGGGUCUCCAUCGGGAACGCAUAGUGACGUGGAGUUGCUGGAU